GUUGUUUUAAUCCAAACCGUACCCGUAUCAUUUUCUAAUGACACCUACAUUCUCACUUCCUCUGAUCUCCUGUACUCAUCACCCCUGCUUCUCUUUUCUGCACCUGUUGUACAAAGUUCUUAUCAUCCAGACAAUGAAGGAGGGAGAGAAAGCUUCAUGCUCACAAGACGUUUAUACAAUGGUAUUACUAAUAAUAAACAUGUUCCUUCAAAUGUUAUCAUAUCCUAUGUAAAUGAGAAUAAUCAUUACAAUGCGAUUCCACAUAUUGUCGCUUCUGAUAUCGAAUGGACUUAUUCAAAUAACGAAUCACAAUCCUCAAGUACUUCGGGUAAAGAAAAAUCACGAUCUUACGAAGAAUUAGAUAAUCAACUAGAUAGUAUUGAAGAAAAAUAUGCUACUUUAUCUUCUCAACCUUCCCAAAAAAAAUCUAAACUUUCCUUACAUUCGCCAACUGCUAGAAAAUCAAAUGAUAUCCUCACCACUGUUAACUUUACUAAUAUUAUUUCUCAGGUUCGCCUUAAUCAACAUCCUCCAAAGUUUAACAACAUAAAUCCUAUACCUGAAAAUACGCAAUACGAUAAUUCACCCAAUACCAAUACUAAUACCAUUUCUCCCCUACAUACUAGAAGAGAAAUUGAUAUUACUCCCGUUGACAACAAUAAACCUGUUGCAACUGCUUCCACCGAUCCUUCCCUUUCUCCAGACAAAAACGCAAAACAAACAAGAAAAAAUUUAAGACCACUUUACCUUUAA